UCUUUGUUCCCUUUCCCCUUACCACAUUCCCUUUUCUGAAUCGAGGUCGGUGACCUCUUGUCGUUCGUUCUUUAUUUCCAAGUGCGAUUGUAUCGUGCACAUCCCAUUCUUUGUCCCACUUCCUCCCUUUAUAACAUUCAGUCACUCGUUUCCGGAACUCUCUGUCCCUCCACCACCCUCGAGUCCGACACUACUCCUACGUGCUUUUUCACAGCAUAGCAAAAGCAAAAAUGUCUGCUCUUUUCACAGCUGGCCUGAUUGCGGCCUUGGCUGCAUCCCCAGUCUCGGCAUUCUGGCGACUACCAUGCAAAUCUCCGAUCGUUGUCGAACGGGCCGAUCCCAUAGUCAGCCCUGGCAAGGUGGCUUCCCAUCUUCACACCAUCAUGGGAGGAAAUGCGUUCGACUUCACCAUGGACGACAACACGACUCGUACCUCCACUUGCUCAUCAUGUACCGUCAUCGGGGACGACAGCAACUACUGGACCCCGACUUUAUUCUUCCAGCACCAGAACGGCACCUUUGAAAGCGUCAACCAGGUCGGAGGCGCAACCGUGUACUAUCUUCAACGACAAGGUGAUGGCGAGACCCUGAAAGCCUUCCCGCCUGGAUUCCGCAUGCUCGCCGGAGACCCGUACAAACGCAGCGGCGGAGACGACUUUGCUUCACAGGCGAUCAGCUACAACUGUCUCAACUACAACGGUCCGGCCAAGCCAGAGACCGGCAUGUUCCCAAACUACAAUUGCCCAGACGGUCUACGUGCUCAAGUCUUCUUUCCGUCGUGCUGGAACGGCAAGGACCUCGACACCCCGGACCACAAAUCUCACAUGUCGUACCCGGCCAACUCGUACAACUCUGGCGCGUGCCCUCCGGACUUCCCGGUCCAUCUGAUUUCUAUCUUCUACGAGGUGAUCUGGGACACUGGCAAGUUCGCCGACCAGUGGUACGGAGACAGCCAGCCUUUCGUCUGGUCCAUGGGUGAUCCCACGGGUUACGGCGGCCACGGAGACUUCAUCAUGGGCUGGGAUCCCGCUCUCCUCCAACGUGCCGUCGACACCUGCACCGCCGACAGCGGUCGCGUGGAGGACUGCCCCGAAUUCAAACUGAUCCCCGACACCCAGGCCGAGGGUUGCCGGAUCGAACCGAAAGUCGACGAGUCAGUCAGUGGCUUGUUGGAUGCCUUGCCCGGUUGCAACGCCGUCCAACAGGGGCCCGGACCGGCCAAACAACAAACCGACUGCGGUGCUCCUACGACCAUAGGUGCCGGGUCCAACGCGAGCUUCUUCACCGACCUCACCGGCAAAGGAUGGUCUUACACGGGUUGCGGCACCGACAACUACUACACCCGCAUCCUCACGGGUGCCAGUGAGUCCAACGAUCAAAUGACCAAUGAAGCUUGCGUCGCCUUUUGUGACAGUAAAGGUUUCUCGGUUGCAGGUACCGAAUACUCGAAAGAGUGCUAUUGUGGCGAUUCUAUCCCUACUAGUGGAAUGCCCGUCCCUGGCGUCGUCGGCAAUUGUCAGAUGAAGUGUUCAGGUGACGAAAGCGAAUUCUGUGGUGGUUCAGCCCUCAUCUCGCUUUAUCAGAAAUGUACUGGCAGUGAUUGCGUCAACACUGGUGGUGGUGGUGGUGGUGGUGGCAGCGGUUCUGGCGGUGCCUCUGCUCCAGCUUCGUCUACUGCGUCGUCUCCAGCUUCGAGCUCACCUGCCGCUGCUCCAUCAUCAUCGUCAACCGCAUCCUCAUCUCAGGCUAUUGUACAACCCACCACUCUCGCGACAACUGCAGUGGUCCAACCAGUCUCUACUGCGGCAUCUUCGCUCUCCAAAUCUUCUUCGACUUCUUCAUCUUCAUCUCCGACCACAACCACAAACGUUACCAGCACGGCGACACCGACAUCAUCGUCAACACCACCAGCCUCUUCGAACCCAUCAUGGUCAUACUCGGGAUGUUUCACAGACACCGUGACUCCGCGAUCACUCCCACAGUGGUCGAAUUUCAACGGCCCCGACAUGACAAACGAUGCGUGCAUUUCUUUCUGCGACAAGUCGGGUUUUCCCGUGGCGGGCACCGAAUACGCAGGUCAAUGUUUCUGUGGUGCCGCCGACGUCACUUCCGGUCUUGAGCAAUUGUCAGGAGACAAGUGUAGCAUGGCAUGCACUGGUGACGGAGAACAAAUUUGUGGUGGACCCGGAGCUUUGAGUGUCUGGACCAAGAAAUCAACCACGAAAAGAGCCAGUUCAGUUAUCAAGAAGAGACACGCUCAUGCUCAUGUUGGUGCUCAUCUGAAAACCCACCAAUUCUGAAGGGAUAUCUCUUGGAGUGCUUUUCCCCCCAUGCUACCCGUCGUGUGUGUGUGUACAUCAAGCUGUUGGGGACCUAGGGUUGGUAUUCGUUCUUUGUAUUCAUAUAUAGGUGAGGGUCUUACGAGGGAGAUACUGGAAUUCAGGGGGGACAGGGGUU